AGUCCGGAUCGUGGUAGAGCGCCGCGUCGCACCCAUGUGACGUCACGACGGCGCCACUCGCUGGAGGCUUUCCCCGCCCACCCCGGCACAGUUCUCUCUUUCCGGACCUGGCCGAGCAGGAGGCGCCAUCAUGGGAGUGGACAUCCGCCACAACAAGGACCGAAAGGUUCGGCGCAAGGAGCCCAAGAGCCAGGAUAUCUACCUGAGGCUGUUGGUCAAGUUAUACAGGUUUCUGGCCAGAAGAACCAACUCCACAUUCAAUCAGGUUGUGUUGAAGAGGUUGUUUAUGAGUCGCACCAACCGGCCGCCUCUGUCCCUUUCCCGGAUGAUCCGGAAGAUGAAGCUUCCUGGCCGGGAAAACAAAACGGCCGUGGUUGUGGGGACCAUAACGGAUGACGUGCGGGUUCAGGAGGUGCCCAAACUGAAGGUAUGUGCACUGCGCGUGACCAGCCGGGCCCGCAGCCGCAUCCUCAGGGCAGGGGGCAAGAUCCUCACUUUCGACCAGCUGGCCCUGGACUCCCCUAAGGGCUGCGGCACUGUCUUGCUCUCCGGUCCUCGCAAGGGCCGAGAGGUGUACCGGCAUUUCGGCAAGGCCCCAGGAACCCCGCACAGCCACACCAAACCCUACGUCCGCUCCAAGGGCCGGAAGUUCGAGCGUGCCAGAGGCCGACGGGCCAGCCGAGGCUACAAAAACUAACCCUGGAUCCUGCUCUCUUAUUAAAACGAUUUUGAAUGCUGA